AUGCGGUUGCACCUCGCGCUGGCCGCGCUGCAGGCGGUGCGGUCGGAGUACUUCCCGAGCGUGGACCCGAGCACGACCUGGCAGGCGCCCCGGAUGCUCCCGUGGGACCCGCUGAGAGCAACCUUCCUGGAUGUUGGCAGAGCUGGCUCGGCUCGAGCCCUCGACAGCGUCUUGGUCGCGUGGACGCCCGCCUGGAACCCGUGGUGCGCCGUGGGGCACUACGAGGUGCAGUCGCGGCGCCCCGCCGGGCACCCGCUCAGCUUCCACGAGAGGGAACGGGUGCAGCACCGCGAGAUGGAGGACGACGCCUGGCCGGGGGACGACGCGUGGACCAACUGGAGUCAGGCGUUCUCCGGGCCGGGCCGGGCGUACGCGCUGCGCGUCGAGGCCGGCGCCGCGCACGCCGUGCAGGUCCGCGUGCGCGCCUGCGGCGUGGCGGUGGCGACCCACGGCUGCAGCGCCUGGAGCGCGGCCCAGACCGCGCACACGGUGCUGAGCGCCACGCGGGACAAGGUGAACAUUUACAUCAGGGGCACUGGCAAGAACGCACCUGCUACCAACGAGAUCAUGGUGAACGAGGAGGGGCCGGCGGAUUUAUCGCCGCCGUGA